AAAUCCAGACGACGGGAAAUUCUGAUGUCUGGAAAAUUUUUAUCGACUGCAGAUGUAUUGCUUUCAACGUUACUGGAUUUGUGACUUUGGAAAGGCUAAAUUAUUGAGCAUUUCCUAUUAGAGGUUGUUGGGUUCGUGAGUGGGACAAGAUUGUGCUAGUGAUCAGCGAGCGUGGCUUCUCCGCUGUCUGUCGACGCUGGCGAAAUGUUCCGUCGAACAUUUCCCACAUGUAUCCGCACCGCGGCACUGGAACUGCACUCCAACGCCCAUCGAUUACCGCUGUGCUACAGCCUGCUGAAUUUCAUUGCCGGCCUGGCGUUCCUGCUGCUCAUCCUCUCUUCUGGCUCCACGAUCAACUACAACCACGCCCUAUCCUUCGUGGCCGUCGUCAUCCUGUGCGGCACCGGUCUCCUCCAAGUGGUCUUCUUCUCCUACCUGUACCUGAAGAGCGUCAGCCCCGACAGUCCCCUGCCCGUCCUCAUGUCGGCCCUGCGCGCCGUCCGCCCCUUCCUCAUCACGGCCUUCGCCAUCCCGGCGCUGAUGAUGCUCAUGUUCAUCAUGCUGGUCACCGUCUGCGCCGUGGACAUCAUCACGGCGCGCAGCCACGCGGACACCCGCCAGCGCAACCUCCUCCCGGACUACUACAACGUGGGGAUGGGCGCGGCCAUCGUGGUCUUCCAGGUCUUCCCCAUGCUGGUGCACCACGACCUGCUGAUGCAGAUUAAUCUGCUGCGCAAAUCCUUCGAGAACAGCGGGGGGAAUCCGGUGGUAGCGCCGCCGGAGCGGGUGCUGGAUGUCGACCGGUUGGAGAGUAAUUCCCCGGCGCCGGUACCGCCUCCUCCGUAUCAUUUUUACUACUGGGAUCCGCUGGGGAAGGGGACCGGGGAGACGGCGUUUGGAGGGGUUAAUGCGCAGAUGAAGCAACCGGCCGACGGGAGGAUAGACGGCCCACCGCCGGUGUAUGAGAGCUGGCUGUGAAAACUAUAUAUUCAUUUUCAGUGACAUUUAUUAAUUUGCGUGACUACUUAUAUACGAGCACUAGUCUAUCUAUGAAUAAUUUUGCAUCGCGAUGUUUUUAAUGAUUUUUGUACGUUUCCUGUUAUUCAAUUUUGUGAUUCAAAAUGGCCUUUAAAUUAUCAUAAUAACCGCAUAAGUAGUUUCUACUGUAAAUGGUUUUCGGAAUGUCGCUGUUUUUUUGUCACGCGGACAGAGACAUGUGUCAGUAAAUGCUAUGCUAUGUAUUCUGCCAAAAAAUUACAAGUAUCGGAAUGGCGCGGUCUUAUCGCGAAAACUGAUAAUAAAAACCGUCCAG